AUGGUGGAUAUCUCAGAAUUCAAAGUCGGAGUCAUACUGAGUCUGGAAGAAUGUGGGAAAGCCAAGGGUGGCAAAGCGUUGAAGGCAUGCAAGGUGAAUAUCGGCGAUGAAGGUAACCCCAUCACGGUAGUGACCAACGCAAGCAAUGUGAGAGAAGGAUCCAGAGUCGCAGUAGCUCCUGCUGGAACGACAGUCCUGGACGAUCAAGGGGAAGAACUGCAACUGACAAAGACUACCGUCGGUGGAGUCAUGUCGGAAGGCAUGUUCUGUGAUUCUAGAAUGCUGGGAUGGUCCGGUGGUGCCGCUGGGUUGGCUGUGCAGAUACCCCAGAGUUUCGAGAUUGGAACAGCACCACCCUCAUCGAAGCCACGGGGUGACCAACCCAAGCAAGAAGAGGCUGCCCCGCAACAGGAGGUACAAGGACUAUUUGAGAAAAAGUUGACCAAAGAAGAAAAGAAAAAACUGGCUGAAGAGAAGAGAAAGGCCAAGAAAGCAGCAAAAGAGGCCAAGAAAGCAGCGGAAGGAAGUUAA